AUGUGUAACGAUGAGGUCGAUCGCCCUACGGGCGCAGGUCCAGUCAUCAUCGCCGAAGAGAGGGAUUGGGACGAUACUUCAUCAGACCAUGCAUCUAGCUUUGCGUCAUCAACGACCAGCUUGACCAGCUCCAUUUUCCAACAUCGCCUCGAGAACGGCAGGACUUACCACAGAUACAAAGAUGGCAAUCUACAACAUAAUCUGUUCCUCCUCACAUUUCACUACAAGCUUGGCCUCGCGCCCCUUGGUGAAAAAGCCUCUGGUGUUAAACGAGUUCUUGAUAUCGGUACAGGUACUGGUCUUUGGGCAAUUGAAUUUGCUGAUGAGCACCCUGAGGCCGAGGUUUACGGCGUGGAUCUUUCGCCUGUUCAGACAGAAGCAAUUCCUCCAAACGUCAGAUUCGAAGUCGACGACGUCGAGGAACCUUGGACGUAUUCGAUACCCUUCGACUACAUCCAUACACGGAUGAUGACCAUGAGCGUAACUGAUUGGUCCAAGCUAUUCAAACAAGCCUUCAAGCACUUGGAAGUCGGCGGAUAUCUAGAAAUCCAAGAAUGCGAUCUUAAUCCUCGUUGCGACGACGGUACCCUCAGGUCAGAUCAUGCAAUGUCGAAAUGGCUCAGGUUAAUUGGGGAGGCCAUGGAAAUCUUUGGGCGACCUUUCGUAGACAUCCCUGCUCUCGUGUCCGUCAUGGAAGAAGCCGGGUUCGUCGAUGUGAAGAUCGAGACGUACAAGUGGCCCAUCAACGAAUGGCCCAAGGACCCUCAUUACAAAGAGAUCGGAUCGUGGACGAAUGCCAACUUCAUGGAGGGUCUCGAGGCUUGGACUCUGGCGCCAUACACCCGAGCGCUGAAUUGGACGAACGAGGAGGUCCUCAUCUUCCUGGCAGAGGUGCGGUCCAACUUGAGGAAUCGAAACAUCCAUGCUUAUUGGCCAAUCUACUCGGUUUACGGGAGGAAACCCGAAAAUAAGCAGACUGAGGAGCCGGGAACAUAA